AUGGGCCAAGGAGCUGGCGAGGAGUGGGAAGUUGAAGAGGUUCUGGACGCCAAGAUGCGCUAUCAAAGCAUUUGGUACUUUGUGCGGUGGAAGGGCUAUGAUUUGUCGCACGACCAGUGGGUAAAGCACUCUGACAUCUUUGCAGAGGACGCUUUAGCGGCAUUCUACCGCAAAUACCCCAGCAAGCUGCACAUCAUUGCUGUCGCCCUCUUUGACUCCCUCCCAUUCCAACACCCCUCUGCCACCAUCCGCACGUUGCGUCGAGGCACCGCAAUCCAAGGGGGGGGGUGA